UAAACGUUUAUUGGUUUUAAAAGAUUUAAUCUCAUUUUGUUCCUGACAAAAAAGACGUAUUCAUUUUUAAUAAAUUAUGGACGUUAUAAACAGUUUAAGUUCGAUACCUACUUAGUAUAUACGAAUUUGGCCGGGUAUCAAAUAGCUUUCUACUUUCUCUAAUAGGUCACUUCAUAGGAUAUGACGUAGUGGCUGCUGCAGCUUAGGUAGUGCACUAAAGGCAGUGCAGAAAUGGAUUUGGGGUUGAACCUUGAGCUAGCAUGCUGCUUCAUAUGAACCUGUGCAGGUUGAAGUAGUUAUUAACUAAAACUAUGACCCAGAUUAAUUUAGAGUUUUUAAACAGCGCAUGGAGAAUUAGGUAAUAAAAAUACUUUAAAUGGCGCUUACGUCGUUACAAAGCACGAGUGUGUUUUAUCGGAGGAUUCUGUCCCAGUUUCCAUCAGACAUUAGCUUAGCCUUUGCCUAUGGAUCUGGAGUGUUUAAGCAGGCAGGGACCAGUAAAGGUCAGAUGCGGAAUAACAUGCUGGACUUUGUGUUUGCUGUGGAUGAUCCCAUCACCUGGCACACCAUGAACUUAAAAGAAAAUAGGAAACACUAUUCUCUCCUCAAAUAUCUGGGUCCAAAGCACAUCAGCAGCAUUCAGAAUGAGUAUGGAGCCGGAGUGUACUACAACACCCUAGUGCCCUGGGAGGAAAGGCUGAUCAAGUAUGGCAUCAUCAGCACUGACACCCUGAUUGACGACUUGCUUCACUGGAAAACUAUGUAUAUAGCAGGCAGACUGCACAAGCCUGUGCGUGUACUGGUGCAAAAGGAGCACGCCAAGCUGCGGGCGGCUCUGGUGGCAAAUCUAAAAAGUGCAGUGAUCGCUUCCUUCCUCAUGCUUCCAGAAAGUUUUUCAGAGGAAGAGCUUUUCCUCAACAUCGCUGGACUCUCCUACUCCGGGGAUUUCAGGAUGGUGAUAGGUGAAGAUAAAGCCAAAGUUUCCAACAUCGUGAAGGACAACAUGGAGCACUUCCAGAUUCUGUAUAAUAACAUUUUGCAAGAAUGCCCGCAGGUGGUUUAUAAGCCACAGCAAGGGAGGCUGGAGGUGGAUAAGAGUCCAGAAGGCCAGUUUACCCAGCUGAUGGCUCUUCCUCGCACCCUGCAGCAGCAGAUCACACGGCUGGCGGAUCCUCCAGGAAAGAACCAAGAUGUGGAGGAGAUUAUGCUGCAGCUCGCCCAUGACCCAGACUGUGGCCUGUUUGUACAGCAAGGGAUCUCUAUGAUAGUGAAAACCUCCAGCAUAAGUCAAAGUGCCAAAGGAAUUGCUACAGCAGGACUCAGGAAAACAGUGUCAUAUAGUUUGAAGAAGCUGCGGAAGAUGCUCAAAGGCUGGAGGAAGAAGGCAUAGUGAUAGUGAAAGAUGAAUGCUCUCAUUCUGCAUGAGUUUUGUUGAUAUUAUUUUACCACAUGAUUAUGUCCAAACCUAAUGCCAUACCACUCUGGAUGUAUUUAAAUGAACUGGUGUUUAUUUAUGAUUAGAAAGAAAAAGAAGAAUGUUCAA